AUGCUACUGCUUAUACUGCUUUUCAGCGAUACCCACGGCGCAUUCGGGCCUUUUCAGAGGCCCUGGCAGGAAGGAGAUGGAUACUCCUGCAAUUAUGAAAGGUUUGCGAGCGUUAUUAGACGCUGUGAUUGUACAUGCGCGGCACAACACUACGACAAAGCUGGCCAGUGGGGGGCGAGGGGGGAGGGGGGGCCUUUGUUAGGGAGGAUUUGUCACCUAGGGGCUUUUAUGAUGGCUAUCACGAACAUUGGGCGGAUCAAAUUGACGGAGUCGAGGGAGAUUUUGAAGCAGCGAUAUACCACCGAAGAAGUCUUUUAG